UGAUAUCAGCCUCCUUGCUAUUGGUCAGCCCUAAAUUCCCCUACCCCUCUCUCUUUCCACACACGCGAGCAUAUACGUACAGAGAGAGAAUGGGUAGCCAAAAGUUUGCUGUUCUUCUCUGUGCAGAUGAUUCAGACUACGUAAAGAAAAUCUAUGGGGGAUAUUUCGGGGUGUUCGUAAGAAUGCUCGAAGAAGAAGGUGAAACAUGGGACAUGUUCCGAGUAUCGAAUGGGCAAUUUCCAGAAGAUGAAAAGGUCGGAGAAUACGACGGAUUUGUGAUCACAGGAAGCUGUAAUGACGCUCAUGGCAAUGAUCUUUGGAUCUGUAAACUCUUGAAUUUGCUCAAGAAAUUGAACGGAAUGAAAAAGAAAGUUCUGGGUAUUUGCUUUGGGCAUCAGAUAUUGGGACGAGCUUUGGGAGGAAAGAUUGGACGAGCAAGUUCAGGCUGGGAUAUCGGAAUCACAAAUAUCAAUUUACAGCCAUCGAAGAUCUUCUCUUCGCUAAAAAUGCCUGCUUCCCUAUCUAUCAUUGAGUGCCACAGAGACGAGGUAUGGGAGCUCCCUCCAAAAGCAGAGGUGAUGGCAAGGUCGAACAAAACUGGAAUUGAAAUGUUCCGGUAUGGAGAUCAUUUUAUGGGCAUUCAAGGUCACCCUGAGUACACUAAGGACAUCCUAUUCAACCUCAUUGACCGACUUCUCCACCGUGAUCUCAUUGAGGAGUCAUUUGCUGAAGAAGCCAAGUCUAAGUUGGAGGCUAAUGAGCCAGACAAAGAGGCAUGGAAGAAAUUGUGCAUUGGCUUCCUCAAGGGGAGAUUGUGAAGGAAUCUUGGAAUUGGACAGUUUCGCAAAGACAUUUUUAAUCGGGAAACCUCGUUGUACUCGUUUUUUAAAACAAUUUCAAUUUGGUUACAAAACCAUUGUUAUUGUACGGAUCCCAAAGUGCCUUAAAGGGCAAUGAAUGAAACAAAAACAAGGAUGUUAAAACGGGGAAAGGAAA